CUGUCAAUCGUGCACUCGACAUUUGGGUUCAAUAUCAAUUUGACAAUUCUCAACUCAUCCGAAAAAAAAUUAGAAUACAUUUUGUAUUGUUUAAGCAGUAAAAUAGAAGAAAAAUCACAAAAUCAUGAAAACCAGCACGGACUUGGACAAUGCGAUAGCAGCUGAUUUGAGCGAAGGUUUAGUUGCCAUUUCGAUCGAAGAUUCGGAGAGCAAUGCCAAUAAUGCAUCGGCUACUGAGGACGAGUCGAAGAAAGAAGAGCCACUGUUACCGAUAAAAAUGUGCUAUGAAUGGAAAGACAUUACACAAGAAUUCUUUGAAGCAGUCAAAGAACUACAACUUGGCGAAUUGGUGCAUCAUCAGAAGUUGUUUGGUUUAUUCGAAGCCAUGUCAGCUAUUGAAAUGAUGGAUCCGAAAAUGGACGCGGGCAUGUGUUGCAAUAAAAAUCCAGGCGGUCCGCUUACGUUCGAAACAGCCAUCGCAAAUAACAAAAUGAAAUUGGGUUCAUUCGAAACAAGCGAAUUGCUUGGAAUUAUGGAUGGUAUCUAUGCUUGUCUAGUCUCAUGGUUGGAUGGACAUUCAUUGGCUCAAACAAUGUUCACCUGCUUGUACCUACAUCAGCCGAAUAGCAUUGAAGACAAAACGCUGCGGGCAUUUUGCUGUGCAAUGCAUAAAUUAACACAAAUCGUGCGGAAAUUUGUGCUACAUGCCAAAGUGUUUGAAGAAGAAGAUUUUGAUCCAAGGGACUAUGGCUAUGUCUUAACGCCAGACAUUGCCAAUACUAAAGCAUGCUUCAUGUUAAAAGAAGCCGAAGAUGAGAUAACCAAACAGCUAAAAGCUAAUCCGGAUAAUGCGGAAGGAGCCGAAGCGUCACAAGCAAUAAUUGGUAGACUAAAGUUCUUGAGACUGUUUUUGCAAGCGUUGUCAGCGUUAGCGCCGAGCAAAAGUGUAUCGCCCAAUGAACAAGAGAUGAAUGAAAUUGUUCGCCUACUAAAUGGUGCUGCUGAUCUCAUUCCGUUGAUAAAACGAACAAUUAGCUUAGGUACCCAAGCAGAUCCAAAUGACGAUGCACCCAAUCCCAUGGGUUUCUCACCGACUGUCAAUCAGCGAAUCUUGCCACCCACCUUUCCUCGUUACACCAAAAUCAAAGAGAGAGAUUUUAGCAUAUCAUUUCUUGAAGAAUUGGUGCAUCGCACAAAGCAAGCCUGUAAAAUUGUUCAUUGUGUCAAUUACCAUAGCGCAUUGAAUUUCUUCAUUGAGUUUAGUAAAAAAUCGGGACCAUGUUUAUUAUCACGUAGUAUUCUACAGUGUUUGUAUUUCCCACAACCGAAUAUGAUUUUCGGUGUGACACCGGUCACAGAUAUGCUCCGCGAUUCAGUGAAACUAUUUUGUGCGCCGACCGUUCUGACGCUUCGGAAUAAUUUCACAUCAAGUGCACCGGUGAAAUUCUGCAUUGAAACCUUUUUGAAAUACUGUAUGAACAUGUAUUCGUUUGUGAUGUUCAUUCAAAUAUGCGGUUACAAUCGUGCUCGGCAGCGUGACAAAUUGGCCAGACUCUUGGACGAUUUUGCCAGUUUACAGGAUGAGGCGGAACGGGUCGAUACCUAUUUGUAUGAAUUGAAUCCGGAUGAAGCCGAUCGUCGUCCAUAUUUCAGCACAUGGGUGUUGUACCACUGUCUGCGCGCCAUGGCAAUGUAUUUGCUGUCCGGGCUUGAGCUGGAGCUCUAUAGCGUGCAUGAAUACAUGUAUAUUUAUUGGUAUUUAUCGGAUUAUCUCUACAAUUGGCUCAUAACCACAUUGACCAGAGCCGAAUGCUUGGCGGAUCAAAUGCAAAAGCCAUCAACCAAAUCGAAAAAACCAAAAGCCAAAAAGAAAUCCAUGAAACUCUACUGUCGCGAGGUUAUGUUUAGCCAGGCAUUGAAGAACAUGUUCUCCGGUUACUAUAAUGCGUUGGCUGGUUUUACCAGAGAUGAUCGAAUUCCUCAACCGCUGUCCACAUUCGACAACGAACGCGUUCGAUUUGACCAUCGUUUCGCGCCGUUUUUCGGACUUACAACACCACCACCCGUAUCCUACAAUCAAUUCCGAGAAUAUCGCAGCUACACGCUGAACCGAUCCUCAAUGAAUUUGUAUCAAGAUGCCAGCAACUAUUUUCACAGGGCUCGCACCCUUUUGGAAGUGAUUCCAAAUGCUGAUGCUGAGAUUGUGGAUAUUAUCAAAAUUGCCAAAAUCAACUAUGUUGUGAUGAAUCUCCUAGCAAAUGGUCACAAAAAAGAAUCAAAAUGCUCGCCAGAGUUUGAUUUUUCAAUACACAAAUAUUUCCCAACUAUUAAACAAAACUAGAUUGCGAACACAACUAUAUUUAUAACAUCUGAAUUGAUUUCAAAUUUUCAAGAAGGCUAAUAAAACGAGAAGGAAAAAUAACAAUGAA